AUGCAAACCAUUUGUCGGAAACGUCCUCAUCGGCCAACAGUCAAUUAUUCUGGAAGCGAAAAGGCGAACCGGCAAGUUUUAUUUGCCCAGUCAAGUAGUCGAGCCGUGGCCAAUGCUGUCGCCAACUCGCGCACGAAGUCUUCUCGUAUCUUAGCGCAGUGGUGUGUUGGUACUGCGGUGGAUUAUUCUCUUGUUCAUCAAAUCAAUAGCGGGCGAAAGCCAGCGACAUGCGUAGACAUGCAGGAAGUACCGUUUAAAGCAUCUUAG